AUGGAUAAAAGUUGGAUCGAUCUACCCACUGGUCAUCGUGAAUAUGUCGAAGGUUGUAUGGAAUUUAUUGAGUUUGCCAAGCAAGAUCUAGUCGAAGGAAAAAUUAGAUGUCCAUGUAAGAACUGUAAGGUAGAGAAAUGGUUCUCCGUAAAUGAAGUGGAGAGGCAUAUUUUGUUUAAGGGAUUUUAUAAGCCAUAUAAGGAUUGGAUUUUUCAUGGUAAAGGGGAUACGUUUCAGCAUAUGUUUGAGAGUGAUGGAGGGAUUACUAGUGAAGGAUCCCUUGAUAACCAAAGUGGGUUUAAGCACGAGCUAGAGGAUGAUGAAUGGAUUGAGGAGCCCGUGGCCUAUGACAGAGAUGUAGAAUAUGAUUAUUCUACAAUAGAAGAAUAUGUGACGUAUAAGAAGUUGCUUGAAGCUUCUGAGGAGAAAUUAUACGAGGGGUGUAUCAAUUUUUCAAAGUUAUCUUUUCUGUUACACUUGUUUCACUUGAAGUGUAUGAAUCACUGGUCCAUAGAAUCUUUCAAUAUGUUGUUGAAGCUAAUUCUAGAUGCAUUCCCUCAAAUACUUGAUUUUCCCUCUUCUUAUUAUUACAGUAAGAAAAUGAUAAAAGACUUGGGCCUUGGGUAUGAAAAGAUUGAUGCUUGUCCGAAUAAUUGCAUGUUGUAUUGGGGAGAAUUUUUAGAGAAAGACAAGUGUCAUGUUUGUGGUACAUCGAGGUGGACGAAAUCUAAGGAUAGGGGUGGCGUUGUAAGUGAUCAAGGUACGCAUACUUGUAAGAAAGGUGUGCCAGCUAAGGUAAUGCGAUAUUUCCCUCUUAUACCGAGACUAAAAAGAAUCUACAUGUCAUCAGAAACAGCAGAAGAUAUGAGAUGGCAUGAUACAGAGCGAUUGGGUGAAGAUGAUAAGAAGAUUUUAAGGAAUCCUUCAGAUGUCUUAGCAUGGAAGGCAUUUGAUGAGCGUCACAGAGAUUUUGCAUUAGAACCUCGUAGUGUUCGAUUAGGUCUUGCGAGUGAUGGUUCUAAUCCUUACCGUUUAAUGAACACCCCUUAUAGUACGUGGGUAGUGAUGUUAAUUCCUUAUAAUCUUCCACCAUGGUUAUGUAUGAAACCGUCUUCUUUCAUUCUGUCCACGCUUAUUCCGGGAAAAUCAAGUCCCGGAAAUGAUAUUGACGUGUAUGUGCAGCCAUUAGUCCAUGAAUUGAAAUUGCUGUGGACAGGGGUUGAAGCUUUUGAUGCUUUUGCCGGAGAGAAAGUUAAUUUGCGUGCGGCUUUGCUUUGGACUAUUAAUGCCUUUCCCGGCUAUGAAAUGAUCUCUGGUUUGAGCACAAAAGGUUACAAUGCAUCUCCUAUAUGCUUAGAUUCCACGCCUUCUAAUAGAUUUGGGAGCAAGAUUUGCUAUUGUAGCUAUAGAAAAUGGUUACCUGCAGAUCACCCAUAUCGAUGUCAAGGUGACAAGUUUUGUGAGAAGUUUGGAACUAAUGAGUGGGGUAAAGCCCCAUCUCGUCCUAGCGGCACUGAUAUAUUGAGGCAGCAAGGAAAGGUGAAACAUGUUUACGGAAAGUCGAAGGCACCACCGAAAAAGAGGCAAAGAGGACAUGAUGAUGACGAUGAUGUCCAAGAUGAAAGUGACUUUGGUACCAUGAGAAGCAUAUUAUUUGAUUUGGUGUAUUGGGAGCAUAAUCUUCUAAGGCAUAAUUUAGAUGUGAUGCACAUUAAGAAAAACGUGUCUGAGAAUAUUUUGGGAAUUCUUCUUAGUAUGGAUAAGAGUAGAGAUAGUAGGAAUGAUCGAGAAUCCCUUGAAGCAUGGAGAAUAAAUUCUCACCUUUGGCUGAGUACUAAUCCUAACGGAAGUGAAUGCAUGCCUCCGACUUCCUAUUCUAUGUCUACGGAGGAGAAGGAGAGGUUCCUAAAUGUUUUGCUGAAAAUUAAAGUUCCUGAUGGAUAUGGAUCCAACCUUUCUAGUUGUGUGAAUAUGAAGCAAAGGAAGUUGAUUAACCUCUGUCAUGACAACCAUGUUCUAAUGCAGGAUAUCCUUCCCGUUGCCUUAAGGGCCUCUAAAGCUACAAAAGCGAUUGACUUGUUGGCUAGAUUGUCUUCCUUUUUCAAGAAGCUAUGCUCUACUACUAUUGAUCCAGAUGAUUUAGAUGGUCUUCAAAUUGAAAUUAUUUUAACUCUUUGUGACUUGAAAAAGGAGUUUCUGCCUUCAUUUUUCACAAUCAUGGUCCAUUUGUUGAUUCACUUAGUGGAGGAGGUUAAACUUGGUGUACCAGUUCAAUACAGAUGGAUGUAUCCCAUUGAAAGGUACUUGUCCCAUUUGAAAUCACAUGUAACCAAUAAAGCCCAACCUGAAGGAUCUAUUGCAAAAGGCUUCCUUUUAGAGGAGACAAUUAGGUUUUGUUCGAUAUAUCUUUAA